UCCUCACUCAUCCACCAUGGCCGACGUCAAAGCGACCGACGAGCAGAACUACCCACAGAUGUGGGAGCACCGGUGGGACAGCAAGAACACGGCGUGGGACCAGGGCAAGGUGCACCCCGCGCUCGCGGCGUUCCUCGAAUCGCAGGCUGCUGUCGACGCGGGGAUUCCCACGACGGGGCGCGCGUUUGUGCCGGGCUGCGGGCAGGGGUACGACGUCGACCUGUUUGCGCGGCGCGGGCUUGAUACCACGGGCCUGGAUGUCGCGCCGACCGGCGCUAAGAGCGCCGACGCGUGGGUUAAAGCCCAGACGGGGCAGAAGGGGCGCGCGGAGGUCGUGUGUGGCGACUUCUUCAAGUGGACGCCGGAGGAGAAGUUCGAUCUUAUCUACGACUACACCUUCCUGUGCGCGCUCCCGCCCACCCUCCGCCCGCAGUGGGGACAGCGCAUGACUGAGCUCUCAAAGGCCUCGCCUAACUCCCGCCUCAUCACACUCCAGUACCCUCUGCAGGGCAACCCCCCGCCGUUUGGGCCCCCCUUCGCCCUCGACGAGAGCGUGUACCGCGACGUCCUGGGCGACCACUGGGAGGCCAUCUACGACGAGCCUGUGCCCGAGGAGCAGAAGCGCAAGAACCGCCCGCCCGGCAACGAGCGCCUCGUGGUCUGGAAGCGCAAGUAGAUUAAUGCACGCAUGCCUUUCA